UGGGCAGAGGCGCUGGGCUGGGUGCAACUUCCUAUUAUGAGCGGUGGAAAAGAAAUUAAAAUGCAGAUCGGUCCAGAGACUCCUGGACGACUUCCGCUCCAAAACCCCUUUGAAAGCCCGAGCGAUUACAGCCAUCUACAGGAACAGACCGUGUCAAGUCCGUCAGUUUUUAAGUCCACAAAGUCUUCCUUGACUCCAGGAGAAUUUGGGUGGUCUAUAGAAGAACUUGCUUUAAUAAACCCGGUGGAAAUUGACUCUGAAGAUAUACGCCGGCAAGCUUUGCACUUAAGCUGCGCCAGACUAGAUAGAGAGGCAGAAGAGAAAAGACAGAAAGCAAUUGAAGAGUUCUUCACCAAAACUGUCAUUGUUCCGUCUCCUUGGACUGAUCACGACAGAAAGCAAGAUUCCCGUUUUAAUUCAACUCGCUGUAUUGAACUAAACAGCGCUUCACCGGUUAGCAGCGAACUGAGCCGGUUAGUCACGCCUCCUGAGAAAAACAAUGCCACUUGCCAGACAAUACUGUCUCUGCCUGUAGAUUUUGACUUGGAAAAAAUUCUAGGUGCAUAUUUUAGACCAGACGAAUUGGCAGAUCAGUCUCAGGAAAGCCUGAGUACUUCCUCAUUGAGAAGAAAGCUGUUUCUGGAUGAGAAUGGAAGUCUGUCUGAGAACUUGUCCCCUUCUCAGAGCCCACGCAACGUUCCUGCCUCACUCGGAGUGCUGUGCUCCAUAGACAUCUCCCCAGUCCGCUGCAGAAGCCCCCUGAAUACAUCGAGUUCGGGCCAAUUUUCUUCUAGCCCAAUUCAGGGAGAUCCAAGGAGAUACAGCCUGGGAAGCCUAGCCAGCCCUCGGUUUCCUGAGAGAAGUCCUGCCAACGUCAUCUCUCCAACUGUUUCUCCAAUUGGCAUUCAGAUAAGAAAGACACCAUUAUCAGGACAAAGACGAUUCACUUUUCGCUCCCCAGACAUCCCUUCCGUAUCAAACUCCCGCCGCCCGACUCCUCCUCCAACCAGAUCUUCUUUUGUGGAAUGUUCGCCGUUAAAAAACUGUUCCCCUAUGAGACUGAUGGCUUGCCGAGGAGCCACCAUGUACCAGACCUCCUUCGUGCGUCUGCCUUCUACCCCCGAAAGUUUCGACGAAGAGCAGGAAGAGGAAGCGAAGGGCUCACCCGCUGAAAUCUCCUUGCCGAAAGUCAGUCUGCACCAACUGAAUGGGGAUUCCUUUCCGCACGGUCAACGUUUUGUGGUUGCCAGAGUGUCCAUAUCACCGGACCGCUCUGGAGCUCAUGCCCAAGAGUUGGCCCUGCUCCACAAUCUUGACAGCUUGAAUGAAAACCGCACGGUGGAUAUGAUGGAUGCAGAGGAAACGUUGGAUGUAAACUCAGUGCAGGGUUCGGUGGAGAACAGCAACCAGCCGGUGGCUGGCUUUAGCAUAGAAGGAUCUUGCAUGUGCCUGUUACCGCUAGCUGAGAGCAGCACCAGCCCAUGCGAGAACAGUAGCAUCCAGGUGGACAGUGGCUAUAACACCCAGACCUGUACCAGUAGUCUUAUGGAUACAGCGGGAGUGGAGAUCAGUGGGAGAGAGAAUGAUACACACUUUUAUGAGACUCAGAACAAAUGCAGUCUCUUCAAAACAAAGCAAUGCAAACCCGUCCCGGGAUACUGGACUGAAACCGAGCCUGUGAACUGUUCUGGCUGCCCCCCGAUAGAACGACCGCGGUCAAAAUAAAAUACGUGUUGCGCCUGGAGUUGAGGUGGUUCACUGUAGGAGCCGAAGCAAUUGUUCUCGAGAAACCUGUGGAAGUCCAGUAUUGGCCGGAUUGCUCACUUUGUCAUUGGAAGGGUGGUUGUUAACGCAGAUAACAGGAGGUGCCCUCACAGCUUGGACUUGAUUCAGACCUCAUGGUGGCCCCAUUGCGUUGGCAGGGGGGGGGUGCUGCUCACAGAUGCAAGGUUUAAGCCGUGGUAGUGCUUGUACAGAGGUGCUGUUUGUGAGAACAGAUCCUGCCUUAUCAGGGUUGCCAGUACAAGACUGGCCACCGACAGGAGACUUGCCUUGUGGGGGGGCCCUUGCUGGCAAUGUAAUGACGACGCCAGUGUCACCCAGACGCCAUUUCUGGGCACAUGGGGAGAGAUGUCAGUGCAUCAGGAUGCUCUCCGUUGCACCCCCAUUUCCUCCAGCCGAGUGGUGCUGGGGUGGGCCUGACGCGGCAGGGGAUCCCUUAUCACCAGCAGGAACCUGGCAAGCCUGCACCUGAUAGCUGCUGUGAUUUUCACCCCCCCUUCCCGAAAGAGCUGUUGCACUUGCUCGAAUUGUGAGAUCCGCAAAAAAAGGGCGCCCACGAAAAAAAUUUCAUUCUUGCAAACCGCACCUCUCGUCUCUGGAUUUUGAGGGCAUUCGCAAAGGAGUCGUCACUGGUCUGAACUGGGCACCAGAAGCACAUGGAACUGCACAGUAAAACAUCAACAAGAGGGAUUGUUUUGCUCAUCUUAUUUUCCGUGAAAAUAAAUAUUUUAGUCAACAAGUCCAUUUCUUCCGUCAAUUCUCUUUUGUCAUUGUUGGGAGAUCGUGCACAAAAGCAUACCUUGACGUUUAUGACUUUUGGUAGUAUUCACUGUAUUCUAACAAUCUUUGUGCCUUUCCCUUGUUUUUAAAAAUCAAAAAAAAGUUACCCUUUUGUGUACAAAAAUGUGAAUUUCUUACACAAAACUACACAGGUAUGAAACUACCACAGAAUGUACAGAAAAGAUCCCAUUUAUCUUUUUUUUUACUUUUUAAUACAUUAGCAAACAUCCCUUGCACACGGAUUGUUUCAUAGUUGCUCUAACUUAAUUGGAAUGAAGUAAUUAUCUUGAUUUACACAAUAAAGAUUUGUCACACCUAGGCUAAAUGUUGUCUCUGUGAUAUCUCAAAAUUAGAAAGUGAUCAAUAGAACUAAGAAGAUAGCAACUGCUUUGACUGUAUCCAGUCUAGACAAGGAAAAGCUGCAUGUUUGCAGAUAUCUGAUCUGGCUGUGCUGAGCUAUGUUUCAGUAACCUUGAGGCUAGGCUACUGUAUCAUGCUGUACAUGGGGCUGCCCUUGAAGAUGAUCCAGAAACUAGUUAGCACAGAAUACAGCUGCCAGAACUGCCACUCUUACUCUGAGGUCCCUUCACUGACUGCCUAGCUUCCACAUCCAAAUCCAAGGUACUAUUGCUAACCUUUAGAGGCCUUCAUAACCAGCCCCACCCUCUACUUGAAGAACUGCCUCCCCUCCCUCCACGGUCCCCUUCUGCAGCUUCA